AUGAUCUCAAUUCCGAAAUCACCAGCUCGGUGUUUUGCUAGAGUUAGCAGAAUAAUCAUGAAGACUGCCGUGGUAUUAGCUGCUUUUUCGGCCCUCAUGGCAUUAGCAAGAGGUACGUACAUUAAUUCCAAAAACCGUUUUCCCCCUGAAAGUGAUGCAGCACAAAGUCCGCUGGCAUCCAUGGGAGGUGGAGGUUCGCCUAUGGGUAUGGGCAUGGGUAUGGGCAUGAACAGGAUGAUGUUACCCAUGUUGAUGGGUGGUAUGGACAUGAAACACUUUGCAUUGAUGAACAUGUUAGGUGGUGGUGGAGGUAUGGGAGGUAGCAGAAUGUUACCGCUCAUGGCAGCUCUCCGUGGAAAUGAAAACAUGUUACCAAUCUUAUUGGCAGCCAAAGGUGGUAUGAGCAAUCCAUUAGCAAUGAUGGCAAUGCUGGGUGGUAACGAUAAUCUUAUGAAUAUGUUGCCGCUUAUGAUGUCCAGUGGUAUGGGUAUGGGAGGUGGAGGAGGAAUGAUGAGAGGCGCUGGUGCUGCUGGAGGCGGUGCUGCUGGACCAGGAAUGUAAUGAUCGUGUUGCUUUCUUGUGUGUUGACUAUAAAACUUUUCAAAAUACCAAACGGAACUUGUACUCUAUUUAAAAGAGACAAUUGAACUGUUUUCACUUCAUUCUAAAUAACUCUAAAAAAGACCUUUCAAAGUGUUAUUUUCCCGUAGCUGAUUACUGAGUGCCUGGUAGUAUUUUAGACGAUGUACAAACUAGUUGUUGGGCCUUUGAAUCGGAUAAUAUUUCGCAAAGACUGACAUGUAAAUUCUUCUUAUUGAUGGAGAUUAGCUUGUUUAAGACAAAAUAAAAUGUAACAAAUCAUUCUUC